UGAACAAAUCUGAGUCACGUAUAUAUACUGAUGGUUUUAUGUCGCUAGCGAGUAUUGAGAGUGAAUGUAUUUAAUAGCAUGAAUGAGUAGGGCUAAGUCCGAUGGCGGUAUAUUGAGUAUCCCAUCCUCAAUAAGGGACUGAUUGCGUUGGGGACUGAAAUGACUUAGCUGUUGACACCUAUGUUGUCCAACCUCGGCGGACGGAUCAGAACUGACUCGGACUGCCAUCAUCCGAGGUAGGAGAUUAUCGAAGCCUGCCGGUAAUUUAUUGUAAAUUACAAAAACAGGAAUUGCAGGUGAGAAGUAGUAGAUAGGCUCAACUCUGCCCAGAUAUUUAUGUGCAUAUAUGAGCUUAAAAAAAAAAAAAACUGUAUUGUACAACUCACCAGUUGGUGUAACAUUAAGCUUAAUGGACACAAACAACACGACAUGGAUUGUGAAAAACUAAUGCAUUUCAGAAUAGCGUGAAAGCUCAUGAAAUUUGAUUAAAAGGGAUCAUAAUUUCUUAACCUCGCUCUGCUUAAAAAUAGUCACCGAGUUUUUCAAAAGUCGAAACUAGGAUGAGUUAAUAAUACUAAAAGUUCGAAUACUUCAUCAUCCUUCGUCCUCAACAUAAACAAACCGCUUAUAAUUUAUGGGAUUUGUGUCCCGACUUUGAUUAAUAGCCUCAAUAAAUCAUUGCAAAGUGUUGUUUGUAAAAAGAUAUGCCCUAUAGUCUAGUAGCAGAAGGUUAAAACACAGGAAACGAGGAUGGAGGGAGCCGUUUGGCUCUAAACUAGAAACUGAGGAAUGUCUCUGGCAUUCUUGGCACCAGCCCCCUCCAACGUGACAGUGUUUACUGGGGGAAGCACACCAGGUAGAUCUGCUCUCAGAUCAACCCAGCUUCUUGCUCAGUGCACACCAAACGGACGUAGGGUAGGAUACUGGAAGUCGUCGAUAUUCCACCGUCGAAAUGGGAAUGGUCAAUAUUAACACCUGCCCUUUAAACACCAACGGUAAUAAAUGCAAAGAAUUAUUCUUGGACAGUUCCGGUGAUAACAGAUCUACAAAAAUAUUUUCUGUUGCUGAAAUUGAUUCUGGCCUUUUAUUGUGUGGCGCAUCAAUGGUUACAGACAACACGUUAAAGAAGUACAACGUGACCUGCGUCAUAUCUGUCAGUCCCGAACUCCCACAAGUCCCUCUACCAAACAGCAUAACAAGGCAUUACACAAUCAACGUCCGAGACACAAUCGACAGCAACCUCGGUGAACACUUUGACAGUAUUGCAGACAUAAUUAAUCAAGUACAAGAAGAAGGAGGUGUAACACUGGUGCACUGUGUCGCGGGGGUAAGCAGAUCGGCGUCACUCUGCAUUGCUUAUCUGAUUAAGUACAAAAAUAUGACACUCAACGAGGCCUAUUGGUAUGUUCACUCAAAACGGAGAUGUAUACGGCCUAACAACAGUUUCUUCAACCAGUUGAUUGACUAUGAAGAAAAACUAACAGGUGUGUCCACCGUCAAAAUGGUUUAUAACAAAGGGGCCAAUGGUGUCAUUCCUGACUUGUACGAAUCAAUGUACCUUAACACAACUAAUUACACAAAACGAUUUAUUGGCACCAACUGAUUAUUCCUUAUUUUUAAAAAUAUUUUGUACAAAUGUAAAUAUUUUAUACACACCUAACCAUUCCAAAAAUUUGUUCACUAAAUAAUCUUUACCUAGAAGAAAUUUUAAAACAAAUAGUAAAUAUUACUUAGUGUAUUAAAUAAGAUGUGUAUAUAUCUAUUUUUUCUUUUUUUACUAAAAAUUGACAAUAUUUGUAUAAGGAUCACAUUCCAAGAAAUGUUUUUUUUCUUGUUUUAAAACAUUUGCAACAAUUCCUUCCAUUUUUAACAGUGUUUGUGUUCAAAAGUCUAAACUUUUUUUGCUGGGAAAAAUAUAUUUUUGAUUUA